AGCAAACUCCAACGUGGUCCGCUCAGCCUGUUGGUGACAGGUUAUGAUUAGAUGUCGGCAGACGGACAUCUGACUUGCAGAUAUAGAGGAGCUUGUUAGGAGCAUCCACUGUACGUACUUGGGGCGUCGGAGGUGUCUGGGAUAGGAGUGGGCAUGUUCUUGAACACAGCUUCUCCCCGGAGGUCGUUCAACAUCCCCAUUAACAUCAACCUGCACGGUGCUCGCAGGCGGCAGACACGGGAGCUGCCCCACACGACGGUGGCGCUGGAGCACGAGGGGAGCCGGGGAGGGGAUGGACGAGGAGGGGAGGGGGCCCGGACCCAGAUGCCGGUGUCAAGUGUCGGGGAGGACAGAGCCAUCCUGCUGGGCUUCACCAUGAUGGCCUUCGCUGUGCUCAUGUUCUUUGUGGUCGGCAUCACUGUGGUCAAACCCUACGUCAACAGUAACUGGGAGAAGACCGCCAGCUGUGUGCUGCUGCAGACCGACAUCCUGGAGGAGUGGGUGGACUGCAGAGGUGUGAGCACGGUGCCCUGCCUCAGGGUGACGGUGAACGUCUCUGGCUUCAACCACGAAGCUUUUCUGCACUACGAUGAAGAGUCGGUGACGCUCGCUACCGAGUGUUUCUACAUACCAAGGUGCCAAAUGGACAAAAAGGCUCUUCAAGACGAAGUCCGUAAAGUGAAAAACAGCUUGGACAGUCAGCUGGCGAGCGCCGCUUCGUGCCUCACCAGCAACUCCACGCGCCACGUCAUCCUGGGCAGGAAGCACACGCUGAGGAAGACCCUGAUCGCUCUGCUGUGGCCCUGCCUGAUGCUGGGCGGCGGGGCUCUGCUGGUGGGCCUUGUAAAGCUCACACAGUUCCUGGCCCACCUGUCGUCUGAGGUGUGCAGCGAGAGGGCGAGGGGCAAGCUCACUUCAAGAUGCACCCAGGGCAAACUGUACAGACUGCUCCGGAGGCCCAGCACGCAGUCACCUUCAUGACGCGUCCAGCGCGCCGCAACAUGUCAAAGAAAGCAUGUGUGAAGAUGUCACACGAUCUAAUCUAUAGGGCUACUCACCAUAAAACAUAGGUUUCACUUCUCAAAAUCCAUUAGAAACAUAAUUUUAAUCUUGUUCACAUAAAUAAGUGCCAUGUAGUGCCUUUACAAGUGUAGACAACUGGUCUUAAAGUCACCUUAAAUCCCUUUUUUUUAAGUGUUUGUAUGCACUAUAUGUCACCUAUCUGUCAGUAUCUGGCCCAAGUCUGUCUUUUACUCAAACUAUUUAAAAAUAACUCAUUCUGCACUAAGGGGCGUGUACCAAUUUUGCAUCCCGUCUCUCUCUCUCCGUGACCAGUCAGCGCAGACUGGGCUCCUUAGGAGAGAGGUGACCUCCUCACCUCUGUUUUAACAAAGAACACAAACAGUCUUAAAAGUGCUCAUUGGGCAGGCACAAGCUCUUCCUCAACACCAGCACAACGUGAAAGUGAUCACGGUCAGAAAGUUGCACUGAGCCGACCCCAGUUUGUACCACUCAUGUUUAAACACACAUUCCAUUUCCUUGUCUCUGUGGUCUUGUCUGUGGUUUGGUGCCGGGUGUUCAGAGCAUCUUCGCAGGAAACAGCUGCCUGAUGUAGCCAAA